AUGUCAAGCACAACUGCAUCAGCAUCAUCAACUUCUGCCCCAACCUCAUCCACUCCAGCUUCCCAAAUCAUACCAACCUCGUCACAAAACUUACUUAAUGACAAGUGGGAUGUAGUAUUAUCCAAUGCUUUAAUCAAAACAGGUUUAGGUUUUGGCGGUGGAGUAUUAGCAUCAAUAUUAUUUUUUAAAAGAAGACAAUUCCCUGUAUGGUUAGGGAUCGGAUUCGGAUUGGGAAGAGGAUAUGCUGAAGGAGAUGCUAUCUUCAGAUCCAACCAUGGUUUGAGGACUGUAAAAGCUUAA